AUGGCUUACAGAGAAAUGCGAAAAAUCUGCGACAGUGUCAAGAGGCGUUGGCGAAGCGUAGGUCGAAUUGCCAUAUUUCACCGACUGGGGUAUGCUAUAUUUCACUGA